AUGCUCGAACCUCAAAAUGAUGAUGACUAUUAUCUGAACGUACCUCACGAUGAAGAAUCAUUACUCCGUUCAAGAUCAAGUGUAGGUUCAAAUGCUGCUCCUCAUAGACAAGGAUCACUAGUGAGACCUGAAAGGAAUAGGUUCGAUAAUCCUGAAAAUCCUCAUUAUUAUUAUGUUCAAAAGACACAACAACAAAAGGAUCACUUGAGUGUACUGCCCUCGACUACUGGGUUGAAUCCUACUUUGAAUCGUACUCGUGGGUCUAUUCGUUCUCAAAGUCAAAAAAGUAGCCAUUUCCAUGAUAAUGUUAAUGCUGAUGAGGAGUUCCCAUUGAAUGAUUUCUCUUCCCGCGGUACAAACAGAUCAACUGAUAAAGAAAUUGGAAAAGGUGACGUGAGAAUAUUAGAUCAAGAUGAAGUGGACGCAGAAGAAGCGGAUGAGGAUGACGGAUUCAUGGUUAACAAUGCUCCAAGGAAGAAAACCUUGAGAAGAGAACUUGAUACAUCACUUACUCCAUGGCAACUAUAUUGCUACUUGUUAACAUUUUGGAUACCUACUCCCCUAAUGAGAAUGUGUGGGAUGCCCAAAAAGGAAAGACAAAUGGCAUGGAGAGAAAAGAUUGCAUUGAUAUCUGUCAUCUUUUAUAUCGGUGCCAUCGUCGCAUAUAUUACAUUCGGUUUUACAAAGACAGUUUGUGGAGAUCAAAAAUUACGUUUAAGAAAUAAUGAAAUUUCAGCUUCAUAUAUUACAAUAAAUGGGAAAGCAUACGAGUUAGACGCUACAGGACGUGCAGAUGGUACUGAUUUAGAAGCUGGUGAAAAAAAAAUAUAUGGGCCUUGGACGGCUGCUGGAAAGGAUGCAUCUUUCCUUUACCAAAAUGUUAAUGGUAACUGUCUUGAUAUUAUAGUCCCAAAGGAGGACUCCAUUAUCCCUCACGAUGAAGAAAAUAAGUUGGCUUGGUAUUUCCCUUGUAGAUUGAUUAAUCAAGAUGGUUCUUCAAAACCGAAUUUUACCACUAUAAAUUAUCCUGGUUGGGGUUGUCAUACCACAGAAGACGAAAGGAAAGCAUAUUAUAAUAUGCAAAGUGUGGCUGAUGUUUAUUUCUCAUGGGAUGACAUUAAAAAUUCCUCAAGGAAUUUGGCGGUCUUCAAUGGACAUGUGUUAGAUCUUGAUCUAUUGAAUUGGUUAGAAAAGGAUCAAGUCGAUUAUCCCCCACUUUUCGAUGAUUUAUCAUCUUUCAAUUUACAAGGUUACGAUUUAUCUUUGAUUCUUUCUAACGGUCAUGAAAGAAAAAUUGGUAGAUGUUUAAGUGAAAUCAUCAAAGUUGGUGAAGUUGAUUCAAAAACUGUGGGAUGCAUAGCAUCAGAUGUUGUCUUAUAUGUUUCCUUAGUUUUCAUCCUUUCCGUUGUUAUUAUUAAGUUCUUAUUUGCUUGCUAUUUCCGUUGGACUGUCGCUAGAAAGCAAGGUGCUUAUGCGGUUGAUAAUAAGACUAUGGAUAAACAUCUUAAUGACGUAGAAGAUUGGUCAGGUAAUAUUAAAACACAAGGUCCUAUAAAACAAGUCGAACCAAAUAUGAGACCCAUUAAGCAUCAAGAAAACAUUAAAAAAGCACAUAAACGUUCUUCUACUUUUGAUAUUUUCAAAAAACAAAGUUCUAAGAUGCUUCAAAUGAAUGAAUCUAUCGUUGAUCUUAAUAGCAAUUAUGGAGAAACAAAUUCAUCUGAUCCUUCAAAUGUGAUGACCACCAUGACCACACAGAACGCAUCUAGGUUAUUUAAUAAAGAAAAUUCAGCACAAAAAUCUCAUUCGACAAAUCCAUCAGCUGUUUUCCGUCCACCUUCUAUGUUAUGGAAUAAUACAACAUCGUCUCCUACACCUGGUGCAUCUGCUGUUCAAAGUUUGGAUACAUCAAUUAUUCAUCCAGAUAUUGUUCAGCAACCUCCAAUUGAUUACAAACCAUUUGGAUUUCCCUUAAUCCAUACCAUUUGUUUCGUUACAUGUUAUUCUGAAGAUGAAGAAGGUUUAAGAACUACAUUAGAUUCCUUAAGCACAACAGACUACCCAAAUUCUCAUAAAUUAUUGAUGGUUGUCUGUGAUGGGUUAAUUAAAGGUUCAGGGAAUGAUUUAAGUACUCCCGAAAUUACCUUAGGUAUGAUGGAAGAUUUUGUUACAGAACCAGAGGAUGUCAAACCAUACUCUUAUGUAGCAGUUGCAUCGGGUACCAAGAGACAUAAUAUGGCAAAAAUAUACGCUGGGUUUUAUAAAUUUAAUGAUAAUACUGUUCCUAUUGAAAAACAACAGCGUGUGCCAAUGAUUACUAUUGUCAAAUGUGGUACUCCUGCUGAACAAGGUUCUCCAAAACCAGGUAAUAGAGGUAAACGUGAUUCUCAAGUUAUCUUAAUGUCAUUUUUACAAAAGGUGACAUUUGAUGAAAGAAUGACUGAACUAGAAUUCCAACUACUAAGAAAUAUUUGGAGUUUGACUGGGUUAAUGUCAGAUUUCUAUGAAACUGUGCUUAUGGUGGACGCUGAUACUAAGGUUUUUCCGGAUUCUUUAACACAUAUGGUUGCUGAAAUGGUAAAGGAUCCAACUGUUAUGGGCCUUUGUGGUGAAACUAAGAUUGCCAAUAAGGCAGAAUCAUGGGUUACAGCCAUUCAAGUCUUUGAAUAUUAUAUUUCUCAUCAUCAAUCUAAGGCUUUUGAAUCCAUCUUUGGUUCCGUUACUUGUUUACCUGGUUGUUUCUCAUUAUAUCGUAUUAAAUCCCCAAAGGGAUUAGAUGGUUAUUGGGUCCCUGUGUUGGCUAACCCAGAUAUUGUUGAAAGAUAUUCUGAUAAUGUUACUGACACAUUACAUAAGAAGAAUUUAUUAUUAUUAGGUGAAGAUAGAUACCUUUCAUCUUUAAUGUUGAAGACUUUCCCAAAGAGAAAACAAAUUUUCGUCCCUAAGGCUGCUUGUAAAACAAUUGUACCUGAUAGUUUCAAAGUUUUGUUAUCACAACGUCGUCGUUGGAUCAAUUCUACAGUCCAUAACUUAUUUGAAUUGGUUUUAUUGAAUGAUUUAUGUGGAACUUUUUGCUUUUCGAUGCAAUUCGUCAUUGGUAUUGAAUUGAUUGGUACUUUAGUCCUACCGUUAGCAAUUUGCUUUACUAUUUAUGUUAUUAUCUUUGCCAUUGUUUCUAAACCAACUCCGAUCAUCACAUUAGUGUUACUAGCCGUUAUUCUUGGUCUACCUGGGUUAAUCGUUGUCAUAACAGCCACAAGAUGGUCGUAUUUGAUGUGGAUGGCUAUUUAUAUUGUUGCUCUGCCUAUUUGGAAUUUUGUAUUGCCAUCUUAUGCAUAUUGGAAAUUUGAUGAUUUCUCAUGGGGUGAUACAAGAACCAUUGCUGGAGGUAACAAAGCUGGAGGUCACGAUGAUGUAGAAGGUGAAUUUGAUCAUUCUAUGAUUAAAAUGAGGACAUGGAGGGAGUUUGAACGUGAAGAAAGAAUGUCAAAAAAUGAGAAUGGUAAUUAUUCUGUAGACAAUGUUUUUCUUACUUGA